CUUGUUCUCUCCUCCAAACCCCUUGUUUCCUCGCCCAAACCUCUUGUUUCCUCGCCCAAACCUCUUAAUCUCUCGGCCAUUUUGCAAAAUAGAGAAAUAGUAACACUUAAGAAGUGAAAAUAAAUACAGACGUCUGGGCACUCUUAACGCGGGGAGGAUUUUCUGUUUCCAACUUUUCUGAUGGCGACCACCGUCGUCGUGCUGUAACUGCAGGACCCCAUCUUGCAUUCAACGGCACAGAGCCUCAGCGUCUUCACGACGUCAAUAGAGACUUGUGGCAACACUCAUUUCAGUCAGUUAUGGCAAGCGCCAUUGGCCAUUUACCGACGCUUAGCCUAUGUUUUUGCCUAUGCGACUAUUAUCUAUCUGGUUCUGACUCUGGAUCUUUGCCUCAUCCCCUGCAGACUCAGGCAUUCUCCAAUCAAGACACCUUGAGCCAGUGUGGCUUUGCAUCACCAACAGAACCCAUAACUACGGACGCUGGGCUCCAAACCUCACCCAACCAGGACAUCACAUCAACCCAAGUUCAGGAACCUCGGUACGUGAACUGCGUCGCCGCUUCACGAAAGAUUGUUUCUGACUUGUAUCAGACGAUGCGGUAGCAGACCUUUCUCGUGCCCUGAUUGUCACAUUUAUACCACCAAUCGUAAAUACAACUUGAACCGACACCGGGAGAUGCGGCACGGAAAAAGACGAAACAACAAUUAAGGGCACAUAGAAACGUACGAUGGAGAAACUUCGACUUUUUGCGAUGAUGAAUGGUGCCUCGGGCAGAGAAGCGGUCGACAGACGUACGGGCGCAACGGCAAGGAAAUUGGCGACAGGCAAGAUGCAGCAGAAGAACUCGGUACGGCGAAGGGGAGACGUAUAACCAUUUCCUUUUAUCUCUAUUCUUUUUCGAGAUUAGUUCAUAUUAGAAUGUAUUUAUUAGAAGGGCCAGCGAAACAUGUAAAUAGAUGUAAAGAAUAGGUACUCAAUUGGUGGAAUGCCUUUUGAGCGCAGAGGUUCAAGUCUAAACACCAACAGAAAGGUUUAUGUACCAAGAUCGAUGAGGGUUGGCUCAC